CAUAUCUGUCAAGGAACUAUGGAGGUCACAAAUGGACUUCUAUCAAACUUAGUGCAGACCAAAUCAAUUGAGAGGGUUUUGGCGCCAAUUGCUUCACAGGUUUCCUUAUUGAUCAUACUGGACGAGUCGGAGAAAGGCGUUGGAAAGCCAGAUCACAUGGGUCCUUGUGCCCAGGCAGUUAUGAAAGCUGCAGAAAACCUCAUAAAGAUUGGAAAAGAGAGAGCAAACAAUUCUCCAGAUCAGGAUUACCAAAGACACAUGAUGAGUGCUUGUGAAAUUUUGGAUUUAGCCAGUAGUGAUUUAUACAUCGCCUCUCAGAGGCUUGGGGAUGACUCAUCGAAAGAAAUUCGUACAAAAGUAAUUAGUGCAGCCAAAGAUGUUUUACAAGGGACAAUGAAGGUCCUGCUCGUGUCUGAUGAUGCAGAGGUAAAAAAAAUUGUCAGUGCUGGUCGCUUGGUAGUAGAUUGCCUCACCAGACUUAGUACAGUAAGCCGCAUGCCAGAUUUACUGUCUAAUUUCAAGAGUUUCACAGAUGGAACAACACUCCUUUGCUCACUGGCCCAGAAACGUCAGAUGGAAUUAUGCCAGAAUCAUCAAAGGGAGAGAAUAAUUACAGCUCUCAAUCUAUUGAAGAAGUCUAUACCUUCCAUGAGUGUCGCACUGCAGAGUUAUAUCAAGUACCCCAAAAAUCAACAGGCACAGAUGAGUAGAUCCUUUGUGAUUAACCAGACUCAGUCAGCUGUGUCAGACAUUAUGGAGGCCGUAGAAAACAAGUUCACAGACGAGGAUUACCUGGAUGUAGAGGAACCAGGCUACUUUGUCACCAAGAUUGACCAGGUGUUGGAGGCCCUGUCAAUGGAGAAGCGUGGUGAUCUGGAUGCUGAUCUGGAGACCUGGACUGAGAACCUGGUCCGGCACAGCAUGUUGGUGGCUCAUCUCUGUCUGGAUCACUACAGGAAUAUCAUUGUAAAAACCUGCCAAAGGGUCUUGCAGUUGAAAAGCAGAGUUUUGCAGCUUCACAAUGCAAUGAAAAAUAACCCUGAACUGCCUGCAAUUGGGGAGGACUAUGACGAAUGUUGUGAGAAUUAUAUUGAUGAAUUCUGUGAACUGGAGAAGGAUGUGAACCUAGCGUUACUGAACCUGGUGGUAGACAUCUUCAAAGAAACCACAGAACCUCUGGAGAGACUGGUGAAAGCGGCCAUGUAUUCUACACAGGAAAAGGGAUUUGAACAGCAUAUGAAAGAAUUAGUAACAGAAUUCCAGACACAUGCAGAUAAAAUGGGACAGAUAGCCUCUUUUGCUGCUGCCAGCUCCACAGAUGCACAACGUGUUAGAACCAUUCGACGAUGUGUGUGUCACCUAGAGAGACUUGACCCAGAUAUUGUUCCUGCAGUUGUAGCCAUGGCAAAGAAAUCUCAGGACAAAAUGGCCGUACGACAUGUCAAAUUACUGAUGAAAGAAUGGACAUUUGAAUUGACAUCUCUGAUGCAGGUUCUAGAUGAAAUGACUGACCCAAGUAUAUUUAUGCAAGUCUCAGAGUCUAGAAUUAAGGAGGAUAUUUCUCUCUGCCAUGGGUUUCUGGCUGAGGAAGAUGACCAGGGUUUGGGGUCUGCUGUGAAAUCUCUGAUUGGACGAGCCAGAAGAGUGUAUCAGAUGGCAGAAAGAAUCAUUGGUGGACAUAAGGACCCACUGUACAGGAACGGAUUAUUGGUGUUUGUCAAACAACUGCAAAAAGCUGUGACUGGGUUAAGAGCUGCUAACAGUAACCUUGUAGCAGACAGACAGAACAGUGCCUUUACAGAAACUUUUCAGAAGCGACUUGAGCAGGUGCUUGACCGUGUGAAACAGGUCACGGCUGGUUUGUCCGAGGACAGCCAUCCUGAUAUCCUCAGUCCUCAGAGAAAAAAUCUAAGACAAACAGCAAUGUCACAUUCAAAUAUUUACAAGAAAUCUUCCAAAUCAACUCUCCAAUCAUCUAGAACAAGUUUACAAGAUCAACCAUCUGCAACAAGUCUGCAUGACAAGUCAUCCAGAACUAGUCUCCAUGACAAGUCAACCAGAACAAGUCUGCAUGACAAGUCAUCUGUAACAAGUCUUGGGUUUCAGUCCUUCCACAUGUCUUCCACUGACUACACUGAUGUCUUCCUGGAGAACGCAGAGGAGAAACCAUUCCAGAAAUCCACAUCUUCCAUCCAACAAUCUAGUCCUACAAAAUCUACCUCAGGUUAUAGAAGCAAUGGUAUAUUGCAGGCUUCUCAGGGACAAGAAGAUCUAAACUGCCUAGCCAGGAAUGUGUCUGAAAGUCUGAUAGCAGCUCUUCAGCAACUCAACAAACAUAGGACAAAUGUUUUAUGUGGAGAGUUGUUAGCCUGGACAAACCAUGUUGUUGAUAUGGCCAAACACAUUGUCCCUUACUGCACUGGCACCAAACAGAAAAGUAUUAAGACCCUGUGCCAUGAGACAGACAGCCUAGCUUCAGAGAUCAUUGAUCAGACAAAGUUGGCUAUUGCGGGAGACACUGAAGAAAUCAGGGGGUUGUCUGAACACUGUCUGCAGUGGAGAACUAAGGUGGAGAAACUCCGAGUGUGUGUGGAUGCCACAGUGGACACAUAUAAGGUGGUUCCUGAUGCAUUGAUAGAGGCCAUUGAUCAACAAAACAAAAUGCUGGCAAAAGAAGAGUUGGAGUGCCUUAAUACCCACCAUCAUUGUGUCAGUGACAUUGUGACAAUGAUAGAGGGGUUGGAAAAGACAGAAAAAGUCCCGCUGACACACUGUCAGGACAAAGUCCCGCUGACACACUGUCAGGAACUAGCCGAGGAGCUAGAGAACAUCACAGUUACAAUCACCACCACUGUUGAAAUGAGCUCCAAAUCAUUGACAGAAGAAGAAAUAAAUCAGCUGGACCAGUUAGGGAGGGAGUGGGCUGUCAUGAUGUUCUGUCUACUCUCUGAUCUGGACAGUGUAGUGGAGGGCAUAAGUGAGCUAGGAAAGGAAAGAAGGGUGUGGUUCACACAGGAUAUGACAUCAACAGAGCACGAUGACAUCAUUAAACAUGUGGAAUGUGAAAACAAAAGACUGAGGGACAUCCUUCAUGGAGCAUGUAUUGGGAAUGAGACAAGAGCAAAAGAGGCACAGGACUUAUGCCAGUGCAUGAGUGAACUCUUAGAUAGUUUGAAGUCGGAGCAGGCUCAGAGAGUCACAAGUUCACAGCGAGCCUUUGUGGUGUCCAAAUCUUAUGUCCCCCUCCGAGUCAGAAUAGCUAGCAUGUGCUGGAUUGUUAAGGCUGUGUGUUGUGUGGACUUGAUACAUGGUCAGAUCUCUGUUUAUUUUAAGCCAGUCCAUGCACUUACAGACCUUGGGGUCAAGGCCAGAACCACGACUGAAGGAAAGCAGAAAUUGGGCCAUAUUUCUGAACUUCAGUUGGAGAUCAGCAGAUUCAGUGAGAAGUUGGUAAAGCUGAGACAAAGAGUCCAGAACAGUAUCCAGCUGUCCACAAAUCUGGAGAAACGAGCAGCUGUCCGGAAGUCUCUGGAUCAGGUCACUGAGUCCUCACCCAAACUGAUCCAGGUCAUCAAGGCAUUAACAGAUGAAAAUAGUACGAUAACAGAAACUAUGAAUGAAGUGGAUAAACAAAAACUUCUGUGGACCUCACAGAUAAGACAGUUAAUGGUCCACCUUAGACAGAUGACAGACAUCAAACCCACAUUAGUAUCUGAACUUCACAACAUGUUGGGUGUUAUGGAUGUGUCUGAAGUAACGGCAGAAGACAAGGAGACAGAGACCUUAGCAGGAAAUUAUCGCCCAUCUGGAACUCUAGAAAACCACAAAUCCAGAUCUCAAUUCCAGCCAGCUAAAUUCAAGUCAGUCCAUGAGGAACUUCUACAGGUCACAAGGGAAAGAGAUCUGGAAGCAAAUGUUGGAACUUUUAACAGAGAUAGAGGAAAAGGCAACUCAAAGUCCCCUUACAAGUCCUCGGCAUCAAUUCUGAGUGCUGCUAAAUAUCUCCAAAAAGAGGCUGAUAAGUGGGAAGAUGAAAACAACCCAAUUGUUCAGGUCGCCAAGGAGAUGUCACUACAGAUGCAGCAGAUGGCAGAAUACUGUAAGGGGGAUGGUCCAGUUGGUAAUCAUCAGGAUGUUGUUAAGGUUGCUUUGGCAAUCGCUGAGAAUGGCAAGAAAAUGAAACAAUUUACAGACGUGCUUGCCAGUCACUGUGUUGAUCAGAGGUGUGGCAAGGACUUACAACACUAUGCUGAUCAGAUUCCAUCCCUGAGUAAACAGUUGACAAUUUUAGCCAACGUCCAGAUGAGCUCACAGGAUGACAACAGAGCUGACAGAAUCUUGGUUCAGAAUGCGAACAAUCUUAUGACAGCUGUAAUGCGUGCGAUGACGGCUGCAGAAUCUGUCUGUGUGAAGGGCUUGCUAGCACCAGAGUCUGGUGGAAAUGAUGAAGUGUGUGCCAUAAUUCUAGCUACACAAUGGCAGCGACGUCUGCAACAUUAUCGCAAAAUGGAAGCCAAAGAGGCUAUUAUGGACGAAUUAGGCCUCAGAAGAAUUGAGGAACAUUGCCCCCCAAAAUUAGCCCAAAUAUUUGGCUAAAUAUUACUUACGAUGUAAUUUAAGGCAAUGAUUUUUUUGUCACAAGUUUUGUUUUGUUUGUUGUAAAGAAUACCAUGAUUUUGUUAUUUAGUUGCAUUUUUAAACAAAGAUUUGUGAUCAUACAUUUUAAUUUAUUUUCAAAUAAAAGAAAGUUUACUAAAUUUUCAAAAGUUAUUAAUAUGAAUUU